AGUUACUGCCGGGUUGGUCCCAAUAGUCUCCAGUCUCCACCUUAGCUUUAUCUCUUACAAUUUCGCUGUUCCUCUAGGGUUUGUGUUCUUGCAGUUUGUUUCUUCACAAAAGAAAAAAAUGGAAUCAUACAGUAAUUCUCAGGCUGCUUAAAUAUUCAUAUAGUAAUUUAGUAAACGAAGAAACCCUUAAAUGGAAAGCUCAGAAUCAGAAGAGCCAGAGAAGAAGAGAACUCACUUGAAUUCCCCGCUUUCGCCUACUAUGGCUCGUAACUCUUCUACUUCUCCUCCCGAUAACAAAUCUGUUGAUGUUACAGUUCUUCAAUGCCAGAAUCAAAAGCUUGUUCAGCAAUUAGAUGUUCAGAAACAUGAAUUCCAUGGUCUUGAAGCCAAAAUUAAAGAACUAAAAGACAAACAAGCUUCAUAUGAUGGCAUGUUGAUCACAGUGAACAAACUAUGGAAUCAGUUGGUUGAUGAUUUAGUACUACUUGGCAUACGAGCUGGAGGAGGCCAAGAUUUUUUGCAAAUCUUGGAUCAUGCAGAUCAUUCAGGAGGUUCAAUUCCACCAUGCCCUGCUGAGCAGAUAUUUCUCUGCAGACUGCUAAAGACUGAUUCUAUUCAAAGCAAUGGAAAUGACGGAAUUGUUAGAUCUGUAGAAGAAGCCCUUGCCUCACGACACUCUUCUACUAUGGAGCUGAUGAAAUUUCUUGAAGAUACUAUUGAUGCUCAGAGGGCAAAAACUGAGAGCAUAGUAGAGAAUUUGAAUGGAAAGCUAUAUACAGAAGAUGCCAUCAUCCAGUUGUCCAAGAUUGAUGAUAUGAUGAAAGAUGAGGCUAAGAAUCUGCGUGAGGUGAUUGAUGUUCUCCACUCAAAGCAUAAGGAAUAUUCUGAUGAGAUUCAGACUUGUAUAAGCAACCAUUCUACAGAUCAAUCUGAGAUUAAACGAGUUGCAGGUGAUUUGGAAGAGAUCAUGGCUGAACUUGAAGAAAGUAGAAGAAAACUAGUCAAUUUGAAAAUGCAAAAGGAUGCAGCGGUUGGGAUUCAUAUGCCGGCCCCAAGUGCAGUAAAUGGAAACUUGUCACCUGAAAAGACUGCAGAUAGGUCGAAGCGUUUAAGGGAAUUGAGGGAUUCCCUUGACGAGACGAAGAUUCUGGCAGCUGACCGUCUUUCCGAGCUUGAAGAUGCACGAGAUGAAAAUCAGACCUUAUCAAAAGAAUUGGAAGAUCUUGAAAAUGAACUCAAGGAUGACAAACAUAUAUAUUCAUCUCGUCUCUACAGUUUAGUAGAUGAUCAGCUCCAGCAUUGGAAUGAUGAAGUGGAACGAUACAAAACACUGACAGAUUCUUUGCAGGCCGACAGGUCUUUUGUUGUGAGAAGGGAGAAAGAAGUGAAAGCAAAAGUAGAGUCAGCAGAUGCUGCAAGAAAUACCAUGGAUACUGCAGUGCCUAGGAUUGAAGAGCUCGAGCUGAAGCUGCGCAAGUGUAUUAUUGAAAAAAAUGAUCUUGAAAUUAAAAUGGAAGAAGCUGUUCAGGAUUCAGGGAGAAAGGAUAUUAAAGAAGAGUUUCGUGUUAUGGCCUCAGCUUUGUCUAAGGAAAUGGGCAUGAUGGAAGCACAGUUGAACCGAUGGAAACAGACUGCACACGAAGCAGUUUCCUUGCGUGAAGAAUCUAAAUCACUAAAAGCAUUGUUAAAUGAAAAGACAAAUGAACAAAAAUGCUUAGCAGGCAAAUGUGCUGAACAGGUGGCAGACAUAAAAUCUCUUAAGACUUUGAUUGAGAAGUUGCAGAAGGAGAAACAGGAACUGCAAAUAGUCUUGGACAUGUAUGGACAGGAGGGCUAUGACAACAGAAAUCUUAAUGAAAUAAAAGAAUCAGAACGUAGAGCUCGUACCCAAGCUGAAGUUCUGAAAAGCGCAUUGGAUGAACACAGUCUAGAGUUGAGAGUCAAAGCUGCUAAUGAAGCUGAGGCUGCUUGCCAACAAAGGCUUUCUGCUACUGAAGCUGAAAUAGCUGAAUUAAGAGCCAAAUUGGAUGCUUCUGAGCGAGAUGUUUCAGAGCUUAAAGAAGCCAUCAAAAGUAAAGACAAGGAGGCUGAGGCAUACAUUUCUGAAAUCGAGAACAUUGGCCAAGCUUAUGAAGAUAUGCAGACACAAAACCAACACUUAUUGCAGCAAGUCGGUGAGAGGGACGACUACAAUAUCAAGCUGGUAUCUGAGAGUGUGAAGACAAAGCAAACUCAAAACUUUCUACUCUCCGAGAAGCAGGCACUGGCAAAGCACCUUCAACAAGUUAAUGUGUCAGUGGAAUCAUUAAAAUUGAGGAUUGCUCAAAGUGAAGAGCAGAUGAAGCAUUGUUUGAUAGAGGCAGUUAGAUCCACUGAAGAAGACAGACAUCUUGCAAUCAAUCUUGAAAGUGCACGGUGGGAAUUGAUGGAUGCCGAGAAGGAGUUGAAGUGGCUUAAGUAUGCUGUUUCUUCUUCUGAAAAGGAGUAUGAGCAGGUCCAGAAGAAGAUAAAUGAAAUCCAAACGGAACUAGACAGUGAAAGGAGUGAAAGGAGAAGGCUUGAGGAAGAGCUCAUGGAGGUGAACAAUAAAGUUGCUGAGUUGACUUCUGAAACUGGUGCGGCUGCAAUACAGAGACUUCAAGAUGAGAUAAAAGAUUGUAAAAGUAUUCUCAAGUGUAGUGUCUGUUCCGACCGGCCUAAGGAGGUUGUGAUUGUGAAAUGCUAUCAUCUGUUCUGCAAUCCAUGUAUCCAAAGGAAUUUAGAGAUUCGCCAUCGGAAAUGCCCUGGAUGUGGAACUGCAUUCGGUCAGAAUGAUGUUCGGUUUGUUAAGAUAUGAACAAGCCUCUUAUUUUGUUGUUGAAGUUAGGUUUAGCAUUUAUUGCUUGUCAUAGAAGCUUGAUGUCAAGAGUUAAUUAUCUGAUGUGAGAACUAAUGGUCUCAUGUAAUAAGAUUGAAGAUGAAUUUAUGUUCCGAUGUAAUUAUUUGACCGAUCGUGUGUCUGUAAAUAUAUAACACGAAAAAGAAAAGCCCCAGGUGCUAUUCUUCAAUAGUUGAUUUGUAAAUGCUAGAUGCCGGGCCUCACCGUCUCGGUUUGUUUUGUUCU